ACUGUCUACUGACUGUAUCAUUCAUCAGGUCCUAGCCAGGCACAGCUAAAGCCUGAACAGAAGAUGACAGCCGAUCAAUGACAGGUGAAUGCAUGACAGGCUUAGACAUGGUGCUAACAUUCUUCGUCAAGUCAAGUCUCAUUGACUACAUUGUACAUGUAUCGAUGUUGGCAUCAGAUCGGAUUUCUUCCACUCCAAGCAACCUUUCUAUAUUACGAAGCAAACAAGGUAGAUAUUUGAGACCUAGAAGAGGAUUCGUAUUGCUUCUCAAGUCCCUCCUGCUAACCAACGCCCACCAUGGACUGGCUCGUCACGGCUGUUAUCUUGUUGACUGGUGCUGGGAGCUUGAUAUCAGGAGCAAACGUUCACGGCCCGUCGAUGUCGCCACCGCAACAUGAUACUUGCAUGACGGAGUGGCUGAGAAUCGCUUUUCCCACCAAAGACGUGGCGGAUUUGAAAACGUACGAAAGAGUGCUGCGAGAACUGGAAACACCGGUGGAUGCUAACUCCAUCACCACGACAAGUCCAUUCCUGCUGUCCUUUGUGUUCGGUGGCCAAGACAGCGCAAAUCACUUUUCUCGAUGCACAAGUGGACAAUGCAGCCAUCCAACGCCGUGCCAUCAUGGAGGUAGAUGUAUCUAUGCUAACAUUACAUCCACCAAUGGCAUAGCCCACGUGAAGGACUACCAGUGUGUCUGCAACCCUGGCUAUUCUGGUCGUCUUUGUCAGAAUGCACUGUCGGUGGUCUGCUCAGCACGUAAUCCAUGCCAGAAUGGCGGAACGUGUCAGACUAUUGGACAGACAAGCUAUCGCUGUAGGUGCAAACAUCUGUUUCGCGGCAGACACUGUCAGAAUUACUGGCUACAGGACGAGGUGCGAGGGAUUGCAUCCGAAAUUAGAGAGUUCGAGGAGCGGCUGGUGAACGUGGAGGAGAAGGCAUCUCAGUCUGCAGCAGACCGUGCCCAGACACUCUCGACAUUCAUGCGGUCACUCCAGUCCAAAGUCGACGAGAGCCUAUCAAGUAUGCACGCUUCACAGGAUAAGAGGCUGGACGAAAUUGAAAAACUGUCACUUCGUCUGGGUCAAGACGUUCUCAGUUCUUUGCCAACGUCAUGUAAAGAUCUGCAAAGCGCCAAACGUAAUGUUUCCCUUCCGUCCGGUCUCUACAAGAUUGUAUCCUCACAGGGAAGCAUAAUUGAGGUUUACUGUGACAUGGAGCGCUACGGGGGUGGCUGGACACGGAUUGCUUACAUGAACCCUGCCGAACAGCGGCGAUGCGCGGGCGCUAUGCAAUUCCAAGAUUUGCAAGUGCCGGUUUGCAGACGGCCUGUGACUGUAUCACAAGGCUGCUCAAUGGCAACAUACCCUUCCAUGGUUGGUGAUUACAGCGAAGUGAUGGGAUUCGUCACCGGGUAUCGGAUGGCAUCGAUGGACGCCUUUGCUCACCGUUCCACCAUUCCACUAGACAGUUACUAUGUUGAUGGUGUGUCACUAACAUACGGUUCACCUAUGCAACAUCUGUGGACAUACGCAGCAAGCUUUGACGACUAUGUGGACCCCAGCUAUCACUGUCCGUGCAGUGCACGUCCGGGCCACCAAGCGCAGGCAUUCGUGGGCGAUCAUUACUAUUGCGCAGAUCGAGGGAACGUCUGGCGAGAGUGGGCGUUUACUGCUGCAGACCAUGCGUGGAGCAAUACCAGCGAGUGUGGUUCGGGAAGUUCGUGUUGCGAUAGCCCGGAUAUGCCUUGGUUUCACCGCCAACUAGACACGAAAACGUCAGAGAAAAUACAAAUAAGAGUCUGUUCUGACGAUACCGCUAGGUCAGAGGAUAUUGGAAUUGACGAAGCCGCCAUUUUUGUGAAAUAACGUCGAUUCUCUCACAUGACGAAAGCUGAAUUUUUAUGUUCAAAGAUAGAAUUGCCCAGCUGUAGGUUUCAUUCUCUGCUUGGAUUACCAGUAGAUUUUAUAGCGAAAAAUGCGAACCUUUCUGCUCUCGUCGGCGAAUCCACUCCUGCUUACGAUGAUUAACACCAUUCGUGAUCAAUUUGACUCACAUUGUACAUGCUUUCUCCGCACGAAACUCGGAGUUGCAAACAAAGGCCAAGGGGUCUUUCUUUUUACAAUAUGUUUUUUCCCUCUUCCAUCAUUUUACUGAACAUAGUUUCCAUAGUUUGACACUGCACGAAUAAACACGGUAUUGUAUGGUACAGACUGUACCAUGUAUUUUCUUAUUUUACUUAGGCAUUCCCAACAGACCCUAAGGUAUUCUGACAAGGUGCUUAAGAUGAA